AUGGGCGUGACUCUGCCCGGGCUGCUCCUGGCCAUGGUGGCCCUCACGCUGAGCACCUUCCUCCUGCUGCACCUGCAUCUGAAGCCUGGGUCUCCCUGGGCGGGCGUGGCCAGGCGCAGGAACAUCAGCAUCUUGCUGUGGCACUGGCCCUUCCAGAGGCGCUACAGCCUGCAGGGGGACGUCUGCUGGGACCACUUCCGCAUCCCCGGCUGCCUGCUGUGGGACGACCACACCCUGUUCGCCAACGCCAACGUGGUCGUCUUCCACCACCACGAGCUGAAGACCGGCCGCUCGGAGCUGCCGCUGCACCUGCCCCGCCCACCCGCCCAGAAGUGGCUGUGGCUCUCGCUGGAAUCGCCCGCCACCAACGGCAACCUGAGCCGCUUCAACGGCCUCUUCAACUGGACCAUGAGCUACCGCCGUGACGCCGACAUCUUCAUGCCGUACGGUGAGGUGGUGCCCAGGGAGAAGGCCAACGGCAACGGAGGCGACCGCGAUUUCGCCGUUCCCAAAAAGGACCCCAAACUGCUGGUCUGCUGGGUGGUCAGUAACUACAGGACCAGGCACAAGCGGGCACAGGUGUACCGCAGCCUGAGGAGACAGAUCCCGGUGGAGGUGUUCGGGCGGAGCGUGAAGAGGCCGCUGAGCGCCCACGAGCUGCUGCCCACCAUCUCCCGCUGUUACUUCUACCUGGCCUUCGAGAACUCGCUCUUCCAGGACUACAUCACCGAGAAGCUCUGGCACAACUCCUACCUGGCGGGCACCGUGCCGGUGGUUCUGGGACCCCCCCGGCCCAACUACGAGGCCCUGGCGCCCCCGGGCUCCUUCAUCCACAUCGACGACUUCAACUCCACGGCCACACUGGCCACGUUCCUGCGCGGGCUGGCGGCCGACAGCGAGCGGUACUCGUCCUACUUCAGGUGGCACCGGGACUACGACGUCAGGAUCGUCCGGGACUGGAGAGAGAGGCUGUGCCACAUCUGUGCGCGUUACUACCACCUGGCCCCCCGCAAGGUGUACCACCACCUGGACACCUGGACGCAAGAGUGACGCCCCGCCCAGAGUUCUGCUUUGCCGAGCAAGGUGCAGCAGUGUUGAGGUUUUGGAAAAUGUGGACAGGGAUAAAACAGGUAGGGAGAGCUCCCAGGUGGCUCAGCCAGUUAGAGCACAGCCUGAGCCCUAUCGCCUGGGUUUACUCCCAGCUGUGUCAUUUGCUGACUACGCCUA